UCUCGUAAGCCGUACGCAAUUGCAUCAACCGUGCCGACCGUCAUCCUCCGUGUGUGUACAAUGAGAUUUAACGCCGCCCGCGGCCCGCUCGAUCGUCGACACGUGCAUUCUGAAGAUAAUCUGCUUUCCAGAUAAUAAAUAUAUGGAUAACUAUGUAGGUGUACACAGUUCACCUGCAUGUGCCACGUACCACUAGCUUAUUUGGCAUAGUAGAAUGGCACAACGAGGCAAGAGGCAUAGAAACGACAAUGAUCUGGCGUCUUGUCCGGGCGCUAUUAAAAGGCGCAAAUGUAGAUUGGGCCCAGCUGCCACUGGUUCAUCGGCACUGGCAGCGACCAUGGGGCCCUCAGAAGAAGAGGAAACGAUGGCGUCUUCUAGCCAAGGGGGGGCACCAUGGUCCGCCCGAUCUGUCAGUGAUAUCAAGAUUCCCAGUAUAUACAAUCGAACAUCCGCGGAAGCACCAGCGGAAUUAUUUCGUAAAGACCUGAUCAGCGCUAUGAAAUUGCCAGACAGUGAACCAUUGAGUCCAAACGAGUAUUGGGUUAUAACUGAUCAGUGGAAACAGGAGUGGGAAAGAGGUGUUCAAGUACCCGUUAGUCCGGAUGCUCUUCCUCAACCGAGGGUUACUGUUACACAGACGUCUCCUUUGAAGUUACAAGCUGAAUUCAAAUUGCCUAAAAAGUUAAUAAGAAUAUCUCGUGAUGAUUAUUUUAACUCGGAGGAUCAUCAUUUAAGUACUACUCCAGCAAGAGCGGAGAAAGCUUGUGCUUAUGAUCUCGAUGAUACUGACAUUGCCUGGUUGGAAGUAUUCAAUGGAGAACGUGCACAGGCUGGACAACCGCCGAUUACAGAAUCGCAGUUAGAACGUGUCAUUGAAGAAUUGGAAGUGCGUUGUUGGGAAAGGAUUCAAACAAUCGUGAAGAAUGAGGAGGGACUUGGGAUUGAAUACGAUGAAAAUGUCAUUUGUGAUGUUUGCAGAUCGCCGGAUUCGGAAGAAGGUAACGAGAUGGUGUUUUGUGAUUGUUGCAACAUAUGUGUACAUCAAGCUUGUUACGGCAUUACUUCAAUACCCGAUGGCUCUUGGUUGUGUAGAACUUGUUCGUUAAGUCAAAGACCUGACUGUGUAUUAUGCCCUAAUAAGGGAGGUGCAAUGAAGUGUACACGAAGCGGUCAAAAAUGGGCUCAUGUUUCGUGUGCGCUUUGGAUUCCCGAAGUUAGCAUUGGUUGCGUAGAGAGAAUGGAACCAAUUACAAAAAUAUCCAGUAUUCCGCAAAGUCGAUGGGCCUUAAUUUGCGUUUUAUGCCGCGAACGUGUGGGUGCUUGCAUCCAGUGCAGUAUAAAAACAUGUAAAACAGCGUAUCAUGUUACAUGUGCUUUUAAAUAUGGGUUGGAAAUGAAGGCUAUUAUCGAGGACGAAAUGGCAGACGACGGUGUGAAAUUAAGGUCGUAUUGUCAAAAGCACAGUAGAACAAAUACAAAAGACAAAGUCGGCGUUGGCGGUAGCGUCGGAAGUGGAGGAAAGGGUGGGUCAGAUUCUGAAGAUGGUGAAUCCAGACGACGGAAGCGGAAAGACAUGACUUCUGAAGAAAAAAAUCAAGCACGUGCAGCUAAGCUGCAAGAAAUUGAAGCGGAAUUUGAUAAGCAUGUUAGUAUAAAGGAUAUUACUUCCCAACAAUUGGAUAUAGAUCCUGAUAGCAUCAUAUACAUAUAUAACUAUUGGAAAUUGAAGAGACGAGCUGGUCAUAAUAAACCAUUAUUAGCUCCUCGUUGUGGUGAACUGUCGAGUGCAGGAGCUCGCGCUCAAGGUCAAGCGGCCGAUGUAGAAAAAAUGCGUACGUUUGUUCAAUUGCGACAAGAUUUGGAACGCGUACGAAACUUGUGUUACAUGGUUGGCCGCCGCGAGAAACUCUGUCGCACUUUCCUGAGACUGCGCGAACAAACCUUCCACAAACAGGCAAUGGUGAUGGCAGGACCGCCACUAUCUCCGACGACGGCCGCAGCUAUUGUCGAAGCCAAUCAUGGACCUUCAAUAUAUGAUCGUCUCUAUUCCCAUCCCGAUGCCGAAGAUCAUACUCAUGACUUCAACACAAUACUCGCCCGAAUCAAGGUUGAACCGCCCACACCAACGUCUACCGAUGAGAAGAAAAUGCAGCCGGACUUCAACGGUGCGUCUAAUAAGAAACCUUAUUUCAAUGGUUCGGUCAGAGGGAAGAGUCUGUACGGUAGCGAUUUGUCAUCUAUGAGUAGUAGCGAAACGGACGCAAUAAAAAUGGAGAGAAAAACAACCGGUAAAUGCACAAACAAAUCUAAGACUUUGAAAGUUGAGAUCGAAUCGAGUUCAGAAGAUGAUGGGAAUGCAUUGUCGAAGAACAAAACUCCCGCUAGACGAAAAACAAAGAAGAACGCACCGGACAGGCCACGAGUCAAACUGCGUGAUAGUAGCGAAAGUGAUAAACUGGACAUGGUGAACAGACGUACUCUGCAACAUAUAGAGCUCGGUAGUUCUGGUAGCGAGAGCGACGAAUUGUUACCGUUGAGCACCAACGCCAGUUCUCGCCUCGGUCCAUCAGCAGCUUCUGCUAUAUAUUCGGAUACCGAUUCAGAUUCACAAGAGCAUCAUUCCCAUUCGGCCGUACUUAUCACAAAAGCUGCGGUGAAGGAAUUCUCAGCAGCGGAUAUAUCAAAGAACAUGCAGAAAAACUUUACAUGUAAAGAUGCCACAAGGUCAGAUUAUCAAGAUGAAUCUACGAAGAAUAAAGAGAACGUGAAAAAUUCGAAGAAGAAAGAAUAUAUACCAUCCGCUCUGAUAGUUCCGCAGCGGCAAGCGGCGAAGAAGGCAUCUGAAAUCAUGCAGCGAACACAGGGUAAGAAAGAGAAUACCACGAGCGAACCUGUAGAGUUUGUGAAAUCGCCUGGAGAACCUCUGAAACCGACUAAAGAAAAACCAUCUGGCAAGAAACAGCGCGACAACAAGACAUCAAAAGACACUAAGAAUAAUGACGUUUAUGAUUUCGACAAGGAAUUCGGCGAUGGCUCGGAGAUUCUUGCUUACGUACCGCAACGGCAAGCUGCAAAGAAAGCCGCAGAACACAUCAAGAGCGGUAUGGGCACGAAAACUACUCAAUCCGAGCUCGAAACCGCGGAUGGAAAACUAAAGAAGGAAUUGCCAGAUGGUGGUAAGAGGAAAGAGGUCAAAAAGGAGGAAUCGCCGAAGAAGGAGGAGCUGCCGACAAGAAAGGAAGAGUCACUAUUGAAAGAGAGACGGGGAAAGAAACAGGUGCCUGAAAGCAGCAAUAGCGAGAGCAGCAGCAGUGAUAGUAGCAGUGGCAGUAGCUCUUCGGAGAGUAGCAGCGAUUCCGAUGUAGCUAAGAGUCCGAUACAGAAAAUGUCAAGCAUCACUAAGGAGCCAACUUCCUCUUCAACUACUACCAAUACUACGUCCUCUGAAAGCGAUAACGGUAAUCAAGUGAAGAAUAAAACUGCGAAUAAACGGCAGUCAACGAAUAAAAUUACAGACGAAGCGGUCGAAUCUGAGAAGAGGACUGUCGCAGGACGGAAACUCAAGAAGCUGCCCGAUAAGAAGCUUAAAACUUCCGACGGGCGGCAUGGACCAGAGUUUCAGCCGCCGCUUACUGAGAGAGAAGAAUCAGGUAGAACCGUCAUACCUAAGGAGCAGCAACAGGCUCAACAACAACAGCAGCAACAACAACAGCAGCAGCAGCAGCAACAACAACAACAGCAACAGCAGCAGCAGUCCAGUAAAAGAGCCGACCAAAGAGACUCCAAAAGAUCCCUGCAAACACAACAGUCAGCUGACCAAAGUGUGCUCGGUGGGUCUCGAAAUAAUGUUGGGCUACGAAGUGUAUCUGGGGCCAAAUCUACCAAAAAAUCGAGUCAGUCGAUUAAGCAGACACAACAGCAACAGUCUACUCUCAGAGGCAAAGAGGACAGCGGCGGAGCAGCGUCCAGAGCGAAAUCGGAGACGCGCAAACGAAAAUCAAGCGAGGUUACCGCAAAGGAGGACAAGGGUAACAAGGAAACGACAUCGCUCAAGAAAGUGGAAAAGAAAUUAAUGGAAAAGACAUCCAAGGAAACCGAGAAAGAUAAACAUGAUACUACUAACAUUAAAAAUGUCCCAGAACUUGUAGAACCUUCGAAAGCGACUGAGAAUACUCCUAAAAUAGAUGACAAAAAGGUCAAGAAAACAAGUAAUAAGAAUGCGAUCAAUACAUUGGAAGAGGAGAUGAAACAGCGACGAGCGGAACGAGACAGUCCGAAGAAAUCAUCGAGGGGACUGGACAAGCUACUUGAAAAACGCGAACAUCUUGACAAACUUUCAAGGAGUAGAAUUGCUAUUCAGCAGGAGAAAUGUAACGAAGAGAAUAAAGAUUUAAAAAUUGUAGCAUCCAUCGCUAAGGAAACUAUCAAGAACGAGGAUAUUAAGAAUCACAUGAGCGAGGAAGUUGCUAUGUUAGACAUAAUGAAAUUAGAAAAAGAAGAUGUAAAGAAGAAUAUCGAGAUUAUUUCAGAGAAACCUACGGACAGGAGAAAGAAGACAGAGCGGAAGCUCGAGAGCGAGACGCAGGCUGCUGUCGAGAUGAUUACGGUUGAAGAGACCGUUAUUAAGGAGUCCAACGAUAAUGUUUGUUUGAGGUCAAUGCCCGAUAAAGUCUCUACUACAUUAAUAGAAAAUGUGACUUCUGAGAAAGAGUGUCAGCAGAAAAGAAGAAAGUCCGUAAAUCGUUCUAUCUUUUCACCGCAACACGGCGGCAAGGAUCCCAGCGUGUCGGAGCUGUUCGACUUCGAUCAGGACAUGUUGACCGAUGACAUGGUGAACGAUGACGCGAAUGAUUUCAGUAUACCACGCGAUGAGGAACGAGGAGCAGCACCGCUUUCGUUCUCCUUCAAUAAUGAACUUUGGUUCAAGGAAGACUCUAAAGAGGAUAGUGCGCGGGAAACGCUGCACUUAGUAGAAAAACUGCGCAUGGAAUUAUCGAAGAAGUCGAAUUCUAGUCAAUUCGAGUUAGAAUCCGUUCCGGCGGAAGAGGAGGUUCUGAAAAAGGAGGAACCGCCUCUUCAUCCGGUUGAAAAACCAACGGAGGAGCAGCCUCUGCUUCAAGAGAAGGUGGACGUGCAAGAACAACAACCAGUGGGACAGCAAUCAGUUGUACAAUCAAUCGAGAUUAAGAGCAACAGCAGUUCGGAACCUGCGCAGAUGUCCGAGGAUCUGACGUGCAAGAAUCAUACUAUGGAGGAUAAGAGAAAGCCUUGUUAUUCGAGCAAUAGCAAUGAGCACUAUAUGUACGGAAACGAAGAACGUGAGACGGCCAAAGUGACGGUAGUGGAACGUGCAAAACUUGAUAGAGCCGAGGCGGACGAGAGAUGGGUACCACCAAGCAUGGACAACUUCAAUCCGAGCGACGUGCAACAUCUUAAUACGUUAAUAGACAACCAGAAUCACCGUUACGUUGCUGCCGCCGCAGCUGCCGCCGCUCAUCAAUUCUCGAACGACAUCGGCGCAGUGAUGCCGGAUCCUGUGGCAAAUCCAGAUGCAGCGCUGGUUGCGCACCUCCAGCUCAACAUGCAGGAUCAGUAUCUACAGUUGCAGCAGACACAUUCAAUGGAGCGAGUGCAGCAACAUCUCGAGGCACAGCAUGCCGCAGCACAGGAGCAAUCGCGCGUGCAAUCAUUGGCGAUGAUGGAUCAACAAAUGACAGCAGCCAAUGCAGGGAUAUCAACGCAAAUCGUCGACGAGAUCACGCCCAUGGAGAUGGUGAAUCGUCACCUAAUCGGUCUGCCCAACUCGGAAGACGAUCAGGGCAGUGAGAUGGACCGCGUGCUGGACAAGGAGGAUGUCUCGUCGGACAUUAGGCAAGAUUAUACGCAGAACGAUUCGCCUUACAAUGAGCUUAAUGGUCGACCGGACACGCGAUGGGCCGAAAGCCAAGUUUUACCUUCACGACGAUCCACGUCGUCAUCUAUCACAUCUGCGUCUUCCGCGGAGGAGCAUACGGCUAUUCCUCCUUACAAGAACGUACCUCCGAUGUCUUAUCCGCCAAUGGACGCAGCACCUUAUCACUAUUCGGAGACCGGCUCUUAUGGCGCCGGAGCGGUUUCGCUGUUCCCACCGCAAUCGUGUGCUGGUCCGUUGCCCUAUCCAUCACCGUUCCCACCACCGUUUGGCGCUCCUUUCCCGACACCACAGUCUAUGCUGCCGCACGUGCCGAAGCCGCUUGAAGAGUCACUCAACAUCGGGGCAUCGCCAUGCACCGCUGCGUUUACCUCGUCGUCGCAUAACAUGGCUCUCACCGCAGCCAUGGUAUCGCCAACGAAGGUAACCACGCCACCGCCGGCGCCGCCACCACCACCGGUAUCACAACAGCCGCAACCACAACAGCAACAACCAUCCACGACGCAGUCACCAUCUUCGGAAGCGCUGCCAUCGGGACAUAUGCCGUCUUUGCUGUCACAGCCGGCUAAUUCGCCUGCCGUGCCGGCAUCCUUCCUCAAUACCAUCACGGAGACGCAGGCCAGCAGUGAGACUGUCGUGGAGAAUAUAGCUGAGGUACUUAGCGCAGAUAAUAAAAGCGCGCCGUCCGGCAAGAAGUCACCGUCAAAACCGACGAGAACAUCCGCCAGAGUAACAUCCUUGCAGGGCAAAUCACCUGGAAAAUCACCACGUCAGGAGACUACGAAAUCUGUUCCGAAUUCUCGUGGUCGCAGCAGGAACUCUAAGGGAUCCCAGCAUUCGAGUUAUCGAAAUCGCGGUCGCGGUCGAGGACGGGGACGUGGUAGGAACAACCAGAACCCGUCGAUCGCGAUGGUGCCGAUGUCGAACGCGCUACACAACGACGAUUCUAUCCAGAACAAGCUAGUCGGCACCGUGUACGAUUUUGACUCAGACGAAGAUUCGGCGAAUGAAACUAACAUCGCGGAUCUGAGGACAAUGCGCGAGCGCAAGAAGUCCACUGAUGUGAAUGAAAAGAACCGUGCGAGUGAGCCUCUCGGCGGAAUGGCGAACGAUGGUAGUAUACAGUCCCAUCUAUCUAGUCCAACGCUGCACACCACGAAGAAGUACGCCGACGACAAGAAACUUGCGUCACCGGCGGCACAUCACGAUCAUCAAGCUGCCAUAGCUAAGUCCGAGUCGAGCACCCAUCAAUUCGCUGACACGGUCAUGCCGCUAUUACCAGGUCCAGUGGAUAUGCGUACAUACAACUCGACCGUAGACCAACCGAGCUCGUCGGUUCACGGUCAGCCGUACGGUAACCAUUUGUUAGGCAGCUUCGCCGCGAGCGUAGGUGCGGACUCGAACUUGCCGGAACUUGACGAUUUACUGCAUGGAGAUUGUUCUGUGUUGAAGAAGAUCACCGGUAAACAGCAACAACUUGCGAGCGGCGGCUUCGAAGAGCCCGGUGCGAAACCAGGCUUUGGCGAUCCCUCGGCGAUUGACUCGGCGUCCGCAACCACCUUCGACACGAACAAGGUUUCUCUGACUGAUUCACGCAAUCAAUUGAAAGUGAAAAUCAAAGGCCCGUUCCUCGAUGCGAACUAUACGCCAUCGGUACCACCAUUGAUCCAACAAGCACCGGUGGCACCAGUUGCAACCAGCGCAUCUGUCGCAUCCGGCACAUCAAAUCUACGUCGCAUGCGAAAGAAGGAGCUGUUGCGUCAAUACUGUUCACAGGAUAUGAACAUGGAUGAUCCUGCGUGCGGUAGCGUCGCCUCCACGCCAACCAUUCCAACUAUCAAUCCGAAUCGCACAGUUAUUACCAUCCCCAAAGCUGUAGCUUCGAUGACAAGUAUACCAACUCGAGAGGAUUACAAGGCAGUCGUUGAUGCAAAUAUGGAGAAGAAACGACGGAAGGAACGCGGUGGCGGCGUUAGUGGCGGCAGCAGCUUCCUCGACGUAGUAGCGGGCGAAGAGGAGAGUAGUUCCGAUAGGAAGCGUGGUCUUAUGGUUAGCACAGUCAGCGAUCGCAGAAGAGGCAGACAAACUAGGCCGACCGCCACCACGGUGACAAACAGUGCCGGCCCUCCAAAGCUGAAGAUCAAGAUCGGUAAUAGUAUAAUCGGCGGACAAGAGAUGGGUAACGCGCAGGAUGAUCGAAGCAGGAUCAGGCCACCGAAGAAACGGCUUAGCAGUAUCCCGAGCACACCUAGUAUGGAGGAGCUCCGUCGCGAGAGCAUGAAGUUCCGCAAGAUGAUCAUGGCAGGAUUCGACAAUGACGAGAAGACGAAAAACAAACGCGACAAGAACGGCAAGCGGAAGAAGCGACAGUCUAGUAAAAAGGAGGCACGGGUGCAAAUUCUGGAGGGCGGUGCCGCGACGCCCAAACUUAUCAUACGGCUGGGCAAGGCGGCGGGCGCCAACUCUUCAGCUACGAGCGACGCGUCGAACAAUGCGUCUGCCGCCGGUAACGAGGAUGACAAUCAACAACAGGCGUCAUCGGAUAACAAGGACAACCGAGUUGGUCCACCGCCGCCCGAGCCUGCCAAGGAGGAGACCGGUGUCUACUCGAUGGAGGGUGGCAUUGACGAGAAGCAGCCGACCGAUCCGAACGUAGGCGCCCCAAGGAACAUCCGCUCGGCGAAAGUGACGCCGAUCCGGUUAAAAUUGACUCGCUGUCAGGAGGGCUACGAACUAAAGGAUCCUGUGGUAGCGAGUAGCGCGAGUGUGGAUGACGGCGGUGGUAGUGGUAAUAGUACUAGUGCGACGGUGACAUUAAUGAACUCGGCGGCGUCGUUGCCGAUCGGUGGCGCCGAGCAGGAGAUGGCGACGGCGGUGGUGGCAGUGGAACGCUUGCCGGCCCCCGACGUCGCCGUCCCCGUCAUCGAAACGAGAGCCGAACAAGAGGAGCAGCAACCGCUGUGCAUGGAUAAGCAAUCUUCCAAAGACGAUAUUCCAUUGCUGCCUCAGUCCGCGAAUCACAACUCGCCGGGGUGUCCGCCCGCACCGCUCCCGCAAGGAUGCCAAGUUAGGUGAUAAUUAAUGAUAAUUGUAUAAUAUGGUAAUUUAGUGAUUCUUUCUUAGACGAUUUUCUGCGUGCGCGUGUGUAUCAUGUAUCACGUGGCACGACACCGACACUACCUUGUCGUCCUCGUGUAUACGUAAGGAUAUAUUCGCUGAAUACACACAGAACACAUUUGCGAUAUUUACACACACGUGCAUACAAAAUAGAAAGUGUAUAUUGUUCAAUACUGAGAUAGAGACUCGGUAGAAAUGUUGUAAGAGUGUAAUAUAAAUUAUUAAUUAUUGUAAAUGAUCUGAGGGUGAAGUGAAAUUUCACAAAGUGCCCAAAAUUUACCACAAAUAGUAAAAAAAGGAAAAACCAACAACAUGUGCAUUUCGUCGGGUGUAUCGACGGUCCACACUAAGGUGUCAUCUCGUUGCGUAAUCAUUGUAUAAAACCGUCUCUUAUCUAUGCGUAUCUUUUGUGCAUCUACAAUUUCGUUCAUAAUAUAGAUCGUUUAAUUAAUCAAUAAGUGUUC